UUUCAAAUUAUUUUUAUUGCUAGUUUGUUAGUUUUGAUAUUCCAGUGCAACUCAAAUAUUGUUGAAAAAAUCGCUAAGAGUUUUAUUUACAAUAUUCUUUUCUUUAAUAUACUAUUAUUGUUUAAAAAAAAAAGUAGGGUAAAUUGGUACAUUUUGGAAACAGGCACAUUUUGGAACCUAAUCUGGGUGUUUUGGAAUGCAUCAUUAAUAAAUCGCUUAAAAUCGUGUAAAUACUUGUUUCCGCUUAAUUUUUUAGUUGUAUUUGAGUAAUUUAGCUUUUUACGUACCAGUUAUACAUAAAACUUCUCAAAUUUGAUUUAAUUUAAAGUGCAAAAUACGCGCGAACAUUGACAGUGUACCAUCCCACUUUUCACAAAAUCUUUAGUGUGGUCAAUUUUGUCGAAGUCAACACAAAAAGUGCUAACAUUUUUUCACUAUUUAAUCCGCUUUAUCAGUGAAAUUUAGAAGUUAUUGUAUAAAAGAACGAAGUUUGGACUUUCUAUUCGAAGGUUAGUAAAAGGAUUCAGUGAAAUGUUUUCGCAUUUUUAGUGAAAAAAGCGAAUUUACAAAAGUAAACAAUCCAGUGCUUUUUGGAAAGCAAAAACUCUUUGCGUCAUUUUCUAUUUUCUUGAAAUUCAGAUGCCAAGAAAGCCUUCAAAAGGCAAACCAUACACUCAGGAUGAUGUGGAGAAGGCUCUGGAAGCAUUCAGGAGUGGAAAAUCUAUAAUCGAAGUAUCAAGAGAAUUCAAUGUACCAAAAACAACGAUAUUCAACAAACUGACUGGAAAGUGUCCUGUUAAAUGCCGCACUGGUCCACCCACAACACUUACUCCCGGGCAGGAGCAGGAGCUGGUGCAAUGGAUUUUGGAUUGUUCUGAUCAUUGGCAUCCAAUAACUAAAGAGCAAGUGUUGGAUAGCGUGGAAAUGAUGUGCAAGUUUUUCAAGAUUCCCAAUAACUUCAAAAAUGGAAGACCAGGUUAUGAUUGGUUCAGAGGCUUUAUGAAGCGACACCCAGAAUUAAGUCGCCGUUAUCCUGAGAGAUAUACUAUGCGAAGAGCCAGCGUUACUCAAGAAAAUGUGAGGAAUUGGUUUAGACAUGUAGGAGAUUACCUGGAGCAAAAUAAUCUUAAGCAUCUUCCUCCCAAUCGCGUAUUUAACUGUGACGAGAGCGGCUUCUUUUUGGCUCCUAAAGGUGAAAAGGUUCUAGUAAGAAGAGGUGAUCGUGUUGCGGGGAAAAUAAUAACUUCUGAAGAGAAAGAUUGCGUGACGGUUCUUUUCACUAUUUCCGCAUCGGGACAACUAGCACCACCCAUGGUUGUACACCCUAUCAAGAAGUUUACAAUAGACAUCGCAAGCAAUAAUGCUGAUGGAUGGGUGGUAGACAAAACGGAUUCAGGGUGGAUGACUAGCAUCCUUUUCUUUGAAUACGUCGCCAAUCAUUUCUACCCUUGGCUGCAGUCACAAGGGAUCGAAUUACCGGUAGUGCUGUAUCUUGAUGGGCACUCAUCACAUGUUACCUUGGAACUCAGCAAGUUUUGCAGAGAGAAAGGGAUAGAAUUAAUUCGUCUCUAUCCUAAUGCAACCCACUUAAUGCAGCCCCUGGACACUGCAUUUUUUGCUCCACUUAAAAUUCAAUGGACUAAAGCUUUGUGCAAAUGGAAGAUGUCGAAUGAUUGGACAAAAUUGAAACGCAGAUCAGUCGCAAAAAUUCUAGUUGAAGCUCUGAAGCACUUAAAUCUGAAAGGCAUUGCAGAGAAUGGAUUCAGGGGAUGCGGGUUAUUACCCUUUAAUGCAGACGCCAUAAAGAGGGAGAAGUUUCUGAAUAAAAAUGAAUUAUUUGAAGAUGCAGGAGUGAACGAAACGGCAGAAAUUGAUGUGGAUGAAGAGCCAAUCCUGCCUGCCGAUUAUUAUGAAGCAACUCUUAAAGCUUUUGAAGUACAUCUUUUACCCACCACGUUAGAGAUGUUUAGUAAGUGUGACGAAAAUGAUUUUUGGGAUGGUCCUUUAGAGAAGGAAGGCUUGUUUCAAUACUGGCAAAAAAUGAAGCGUAUGUACGAUAAAGCAAGAUCUCCGCAGAUUGCUCUAAUUUCUGAUACAAAAUGAAUCCUCUGUGGACAUCAGUGAUGCACCAAUUGUGCUUUGUGAUAAUGAAGAGCUAGCAAUGUGGAAUCAAGAGAGGGAUAUCAGUUUGAUGUCUUAUGAAGACAAUUCAGACCUACAUCAGUCCACUAGUGCACCGGAUUCUGUGGCACAUGUCUCAGAAGUUAGUUCAUUCUCACAUCAGUUUACCAGUCCUAUUUCCGGGGAAUUGCAAGACCCAGUAGAACAAUUACAAGUCACAAAAUAUUUAAGAGAAUACGUAUAUUAUCCGAAGAAUCUUCCAAUGAAAGACAAUGUGACUCAAUCCCAAGCAUCAUCAUGCCUUACUAAUCCGCAAAUUAUCGCCACUCUUCAGGAAAAGGAAGAUAAAAAAAAGCAACUGAUUGAAGAGAAGGAGAAAAGAAA